AUGGACGAUUAUGCUCAUCUACUCAGAUGGCAGAAUGUGGCGGGAGGUGACCAGAUCAUAGACUUGCCUGACGAGGACGACCUACAAGAGGAUGAUAAUUCCGGGCUGGGGGAUGCUGCUGAAGAGGAUUCUCGAUCAGUCGACGAUGAGGAUGAGGCUGCAGUUGAAGAAACGAGCAAGCGGACCAAGUUGAGUGAGGACAAGAUUGUCGACAUUAUCAACGAUCGAAUUAAGGUCUUCACAAACGCCUGGAGACCAAACAAGGGUGUUGCUCGCGGCGAGGAGGUGGACUACGACCCAGUCGCUAUGUGGACUGAAGCGGAGGCUAAAGGAGAGCGAGAAGCCCUAGCGAAAACGUACGAGACAGAGCAUCUCUACUAUAAGUCAAGACUGGAUGAAUUGUGUGACCAGAUCGUCAAAUUCCCAGGACGCAAUGCGGAGCAAGUACGGCGACAAUGCAGCAACCUCGAGGUCACGGUCGACUCCAUGGAAUUUGCAGCCUGGUUACGCGACAUCUACAAGCUGGAACCCGUUGACGACAGUGAUGAAGAGCAAGUACCUGACGAUCAAGACACCGCGAUGCGCGACCAACCGAAUAUACCACGGACUGCAUCAUCUCUUCAAAUAGAGCCGGGAAAUGAGAUUAUUGAUUUGGGUUCACCCCCAGAUUCGUCAGACAUCGAAGAUGGAAAUGCAUUGCCGUCAGGAAUCAAUAUUGGUGCUGAAGCUGAUCCGCUCGAAGACCUGACACAUUCAUCGACACGAGACUCUGUCAUCGCCGACAGCGUAGAGCCAAUCAUGUAUGCGCACCCAGGGCUUCUUGAGCCUGACGGCUUGUCCACCCGUCCACCUAUUAACCAUGGAGAUGAGCCUGAGAACGCCUCGAUCGCUACAGUUCGCCGCUGGAAAUGGGAAGAUUUGGUCGAGCAUCUUGACCGUAAGCGCGUGGUCUCAAAAGUCAUCUACGAAAUGAAGUUCAAUGAUCGCGAAGUUAUUCGUAAUCGAAUUCGCCUUGUUGGAAAGAUCAAUCUGAUCAAAGAGAUCAGAGCAUGCAUCGGUAUGUUGUGCAGAAGAGAAGCGAAGCUGCAAGGCGUCCUUCCUCGAGACAUGCCAAAGAUUCUCGCGUUCACGAAGCUGUUCUUGUCUUGGUGGUUCUGUAGCAACUACUCCCAAGAACCCGAUGCAUCCAAGAAAGAUCUUGAAGAGCUGAGAAGAUGUAUGGAUAGUGGGGCCGCCGAGACAAGUACAUUUUACGACUAUGUGUAUACGAUUAUGGGGACGACGUUCAGCGAAAAGGCUCUGCAGCAUCCUGACCAGCCAUCUCAGGCCGAGAUCAUCGAGAUUUCUGAUGAUGACUGA